AUGCCUGACCUCAACUCCAUCCCUCCUACGCCACAGGGUCUUGCUGCUGCCCGUGCCCAUCGCACAUCUUCAGCCCAGGCCGCCCGAUCCCAGCAACCGUCCCAGAGAGCUUCAUCGCCACCCCCUGCGGUGUCUACAUCGCCGUCCCUCAAUAUCCUUCCUUCUAACCAGCAGGCCUUCCAAGAGGGAUCUGCCAACUAUGUCCCUUCCCCCCCUCUCCCCUCUUCCAAUGGAAUGGCUCCCCCGCCCGUGCCAGGUCAGGAUAACACUGGUGUUGGUGCUGGUCCCGGUCCUAUUCGUCACCCACGUCCCUUGACCGCUGCCGAACUGCACUCCCAGUUGGAACAAGAACAGGAAUUGCUGGUCAACCGGUUGUCACGAGACUUGACCAUGCUGCGAAUGGCCCAGAACUCUUCUGUAGCAUCAAACGCAUCGUCAGCGAGUGCCUCCACCUCUGCCAUCGAUCAGCUGCAUCCGUCCUCGUUCACCGAUACCCACAUGUUUUCCGGCCCAGGCUUCCCAGUCCCGACGGCCCGUCGACAUCAUCGGACUAGCUCCACAGCUAGCAGAGGCAGUUUAAGUCAGGCCGCUACCCAAGGAUCAUCUACUGCCCCAAUCCCCAUCCCGCAAACGCACUCAGGAAAUGCCGCUUCCGUACUAGAAGCUGCCCGAAACCCACGUGGCCCGACUGGGAUGAGCCGGCAGAACAGCACGACUUCACAUAGGAGCUCAAGUCGCAACCGGUCUCCACAGCCUUACGGAGCCACAUCCGGCUUUCUGCCAUCUUCGCAUUCACAACAACAUGGAUUCCCUCAAGAUUAUGGCCCGGGGUAUUUCGUUCGUGAUAGGACCUCUUCGAAUGCCAGUGUCGCCGCUACCCCCGGAUCAGAGCUCUCGCCAGGGCUGAUGCCGGCCACUCUGCGAUACGAAGAGACGGCGCACUACCGAAGCGAGCUGGAGGUAGCGAAGCGCGAGAACGAGGCAUUGAAGAAGCGGGUUAAGGAUCUUGAAAGGAUGCUUAGGGAUCGCAGAGAAAGCGAAGUUGGAAUAGGCCGGGUCAGAAGCGAGAGCGGUAGCACUGCUACAAGCGUCAGCGUGAGCGGGACUACUGGCGUCGGCGGCGUGGUGGGCGGUGGCACGGGGAUCGCAGGCGGUCGUCGGGAUGAGCGUCGGGCUCUCACGGGUAGCAUUGGAGUCGGCGUGCCCGAUGAAGAGCUGAAAGUGGGCGAUAGCGCUGCGACGACGGGGACGCCGCUGGAAACAUCACAGACGCUACAGCACGAUACGAAAUGA